UCUAGUAAUUACACAUUCUUAUGUUUAGUGUUAAUUGAACAACAAACUCGGUAUUGUUUUUGCGAUAUUCUAAAACAUUAAUCCUUGAAAGUGAUGAGGUUUCUUUAGUGUCGUGAAGUGUAUUUUGUAAAAGAUUUACAGAAAGUCAGCUUAAUAAUAGGUAAUGGCAACAACUCCAGGGUUCAAAGACCUUCCAGAUGACAGCGACCAGUCGGACUCAGAAUUUCAGCCUCUGUACGACGAUACAGAUGAAUUAGAUCAAAGAACAGCACAAGAAACAAAAGGAUGGAAUCUGUUUCGAGAGAUCCCUGUAAAGAAGGAGAGUGGGUCGAUGGCGUCGACGGAAUGGAUCGACAUAAGUAUGAAGGUGUUCAAGGUCCUGGCGUAUAUCUUCACCUUCGCUGCUGUUUUGGGAUCGGCGGUCAUAGCGAAAGGAACUUUGUUAUUUAUAACUUCGCAACUAAAGAAAGAACGUCAUGUUAGUCAUUGUAACAAAGCUUUAGCACUGGACAAGCAAUUCUUAGCAGUUCUUCCACUAGAAGAGCGAGUGACAUGGCUUUGGGCUGUGUUGAUUGUGUUCGGUGUACCAGAAUUGGGCAUGUUUGUUAGAUCCGUACGAAUUUGCUUCUUCAAAACCGCAAGAAAACCAAGCAGAUUGCAGUUUAUUAUAGCAUUCCUUAUUGAGACGUUACAUGCAGCUGGUGUUGCUAUAUUAAUCCUCAUUAUCCUGCCUGAACUGGACGUCGUUAAAGGAGCCAUGUUGUUGAAUUCUCUGUGCUUCGUACCAGGACUUCUUAACGCACUAACGAGAGAUAGUACCGAAAGUCGAUAUUUAAUGAAACUUAUUUUGGAUGUAUUUUCGAUCUCCGCACAAGCAACUGCAUUCGUCGUUUGGCCACUUUUAGAUGGUACUCCAGCUUUAUGGGCCAUACCGGCCGCUUGUUUUUGUAUCUCGUUGGGAUGGUGGGAAAAUUAUGUGGAUUUUACAGAAAACAAAACAUCCUUAAUAUUCUACUACUUGUGCGAAUUAAAGUUGGCACUAAAGAAAACAAGAUAUUAUACGCAGAGAAUUCUAUCUUUGUGGAAGAUUUUCGUUUUUAUUGUGUGCAUUAUAAUUUCACUGCACGUUCAAAACGACAAUCCUUUCGCCAUCUUUACGUCAAUCAGCGAUGCUUUUGCACCGCGCAACUACAGUGUUUACGAGCUCAGGGUAAUUUUCGAAGAUGCGUACGACGGCAACUUGGAAUUCGAUUUAUCGGAGGCAGCUUUCGUCUUGCCUGUUUCUUGGACGUCGCCUCUUUGGGUGGCACUGAUACAAGUCGCAGCGGCAUAUUUCUGUUUCGCGAGCGCAAAAUUUGCCUGCAAAAUCCUCAUACAAAAUGUCAGCUUUACAUUCGCAUUGAGCCUCGUCGGACCGGUUCUAGUCAAUCUUUUAAUCGUAUUCUGCGCGAUGCGAAACGCGGAUCCUUGCGCGUUUCAUGGCACGAUACCUGAUUAUUUGUUUUUUGAAAUACCACCAGUGUACUUUUUAAAAGAAUAUCUAGGCAAUGAGAUGGUAUGGAUAUGGCUGCUUUGGUUGGCAUCGCAGGCUUGGAUAACAGUACACACGUGGAUGCCUCGUUGCGAACGUCUAGCUGCGACCGACAAACUGUUCUCUAAGCCGUGGUAUCUUGGUCCACUCAUUGAUCAGUCCUUGCUCUUAAAUCGGACAAAAGAUGACGAAAAUGACAUAGCGAUCGAGGAUUUGAGGGAGCUGCAAGAUGAAGAUGAUCGAUCUCAUGCAAGUUCUGAACAAGUGGCGAAAGAUAUAAAGCCUUCUGAUAGCAUAACAAGGAUUUACGUUUGUGCGACAAUGUGGCAUGAGACAAAGGAUGAGAUGAUAGAGUUUUUAAAGUCUAUUUUCCGCUUAGACGAAGAUCAGAGCGCUCGUCGCGUCGCUCAAAAAUACUUGGGAAUUGUGGACCCAGAUUAUUACGAAUUGGAAUGUCAUAUUUUUAUGGACGAUGCUUUCGAAGUCUCAGACCACAGUGCAGAAGAUUCUCAAGUUAAUCGCUUCGUGAAAUGUUUAGUGGAUACCAUAGAUGAAGCGGCUUCCGAAGUGCACCUAACCAAUGUACGACUUAGACCGCCUAAGAAAUUUCCAACACCGUACGGAGGCAAGUUGGUUUGGGUUCUACCAGGAAAGAACAAAAUGAUUUGUCACUUGAAAGAUAAAUCGAAAAUUAGACAUCGCAAACGUUGGUCUCAGGUGAUGUACAUGUACUAUUUCCUGGGCCAUCGCCUGAUGGACUUACCGCUAUCCGUGGAUCGUAAGGAAGUGAUAGCAGAAAACACGUACCUGCUCGCGUUGGAUGGAGAUAUUGAUUUUAAACCUUGCGCUGUCACAUUACUUAUAGAUCUAAUGAAGAAGGAUAAAAACUUGGGAGCCGCUUGUGGUCGCAUUCAUCCCGUAGGUUCUGGUUUUAUGGCGUGGUACCAAAUGUUCGAAUACGCUAUUGGUCAUUGGCUGCAAAAGGCCACUGAACACAUGAUCGGAUGUGUGCUCUGUAGUCCGGGAUGCUUCUCACUCUUCAGAGGAAAAGCUUUGAUGGAUGACAAUGUUAUGAAGAAAUACACAUUGACAUCAAAUGAGGCUCGGCACUACGUACAAUAUGAUCAAGGUGAGGAUCGAUGGCUGUGCACUUUACUACUGCAGCGUGGUUACCGCGUGGAGUACUCCGCCGCGUCAGAUGCCUACACACAUUGCCCCGAGCGCUUCGACGAGUUCUUCAACCAGCGCCGUCGCUGGGUGCCUUCCACUAUUGCCAACAUACUUGAUUUGUUGGCGGACUCUAAGCGUACCGUCGAAGUUAACGAUAACAUAUCCACCCUUUAUAUCGUAUACCAGAUACUGCUCAUGAUGGGUACAAUUUUGGGUCCUGGGACCAUCUUUCUCAUGAUGGUGGGUGCAAUGAAUGCGAUCACUGGUAUGAGCAUCAUGAAUUCUCUACUGUUGAAUCUGAUACCAGUACUCAUUUACAUUGUGGUCUGCAUGACUUGCAAAUCUGAAAUACAGCUAAUGUUGGCGAACGCAAUAACGUGUGUAUAUGCCAUGAUAAUGAUGAUGGUAAUUGUGGGUAUAGCUCUUCAGAUAGUGGAGGACGGCUGGCUGGCGCCGUCCAGUAUUUUCACAAUCAUAACUUUUGGAAUAUUCUUCGUGACGGCGGCGUUACAUCCGCAGGAAAUCAUCUGCCUUUUGUAUUUGGGCGUGUAUUAUAUAACUAUUCCGAGCAUGUACAUGUUGCUUAUUAUUUAUUCCUUAUGCAAUUUGAACAACGUCUCGUGGGGAACGAGAGAAGUUGCGCAGAAGAAAACGCUCAAGGAAUUAGAAAUGGAGAAGAAAGCUGCUGAAGAAGCAAAGAAGAAAAUGGAUACUCAAGGAAUGAUGAAGUGGUUUGGUAAUAAAUCAGAGGAAAACAGUGGCUCUUUAGAGUUCAGCGUGGCGGGCUUGUUCAAAUGCAUGUGCUGCACCAACCCUAAAGAUUACAAGGAAGAUUUACAUUUGCUUCAGAUAGCUAAUUCUCUUGAGAAGCUAGAAAAACGUUUGGAAUCAUUGGGUGCACCACCGGAGAUGGAGACUGCACCACGGCGUCGCUCCUCUAUGCCUCUCCGAGGCGACACAUUGUCCUUGCUGCCCGAAUACGCAGAUAGCGAAGGUUCCGCAGAUAUACCAAGGGAAGAAAGAGAUGACCUAAUAAACCCUUACUGGAUUGAAGAUCCUAAUCUGCAAAAAGGUGAAGUAGACUUUUUAACAACAGCUGAAACAGAAUUCUGGAAGGAUUUGAUUGAUGCUUACCUGCGACCGAUUGAUGAAAACAAGGAAGAACAGGAGCGUAUUAAAACGGACUUGAAGAAUCUACGCGACACUAUGGUGUUCGCAUUCGUGAUGUUGAACGCGCUGUUCGUGCUGGUUAUAUUCUUACUGCAACUCAACCAGAGUCAGUUACAUUUCAAAUGGCCGUUCGGACAAAAGAUUGGUAUUAUGUAUGACGAGGAGAUGAAUUUAGUGUACUUAGAACGCGAAUAUCUGAUGUUGGAACCAAUCGGGUCUUUGUUCUUGAUCUUCUUUGGUACGGUGAUGAUAAUUCAGUUCGUCGCAAUGUUGUUCCAUCGUCUGGGCACUCUUACGCAUUUGUUAUCGACUGUCCAACUUAACUGGUACUUUACGAAGAGGGCUGAUGAAAUGACAGAACAAGCGAUAAUAGAGAAGCAGGCGAUAGAAAUAGCGAAGGACCUACAGAAGUUGAACGUAGACGAUCUAGAGCGGCGCGGCGUGGACCAGGCGAGCGUGGCACGUCGCAAGACCUUGCACAACUUGGAGCGAGCGCGCGACAACAAGCAUAGUGUCAUCAACUUAGACGCCAACUUCAAGAGGCGGCUCACUUUGCUUCAGAAUGCUGAUCCAGAUAUGAUAGCGCGCAUGUCGUCGCUGCGCGGCAGCGUGUCUGCUCGUCGCGCCACACUGCGCGCACUGCAGGCUCGCCGCGAGUCGCUGACCGCCGAGCGCCGCCGCUCGCAGCUGCAACGCGACUCCGCCACAUACCUCUACGAUGAACCUAAAACCACGUUGAGCGAUCUCGCGGGUAGAUCGUCGAUGUCUGGUGCAUACGUGAACAAGGGCUACGAACCAGCUCUAGACAGUGAGGACGAAGGCUCACCAGCGCCGCGCCGCAGCACCGUGCGCUUCCGAGACAACUUCAAAUGAUCACAUUGCUUCUAUAUAUUUAUUUAUUAAACGUGUUUUAUUAUGAUCUCUCAAUUGAUUUUUAUUUAU